AUGGCGCCAGCGGUGCGGGGGCUGAAGAGCCUGGUGUGGCAGAAGCUAAAAUCAUCGGUAUUUGAUGACUGCAGGAAAGAGGAAGAAUGGAAGAUAAUUCUUUUAGAUGAUUACACUACUAAAUUACUGUCACUGUGCUGCAAAAUGACUGAUCUACUGGCAGAGGGUAUCACAGUGGUGGAGAACGUAUAUAAAAACCGUGAGCCUGUCCCACACAUGAAAGCAAUAUAUUUCAUAACUCCCACCAAAAAGUCUGUAGAUGGACUUAUUGAUGACUUCAUCACUAAAUCAUCCAGCAGAUACAAAGCAGCAUAUGUGUAUUUCACUGACUUUUGUCCUGAUAACCUCUUCAAUAAAAUUAAAUCUUCCUGUGCAAAAUCAAUAAGGAGAUGCAAGGAGAUCAACAUUUCCUUCUUCCCAUAUGAGUCUCAGGUAUUUACUCUCAAUAUCCCAGAUGCAUUCUACCGCUGUUACAGUCCAACUCUGGAAAAGACAAAGGAUAAAGAUGCUGUAAUGCAAGUAAUGGCUGAACAAAUUGUUACCUUAUGUGCCACGCUAGAUGAGAAUCCAGGAGUACGAUAUAAAAGCGGACCAUCUGAUAAAGCCAGCAAACUUGCACAGCUUGUUGAAAAAAAUCUUGAAAACUACUACAAAACUGAUGAGAAAAGCCAAAUAAAGGCUAAAACCCACUCCCAACUAAUAAUAAUUGAUCGUGGCUUUGACCCAGUAUCAACUGUACUUCAUGAACUCACCUUCCAGGCGAUGGCAUAUGAUCUGCUACCAAUUGAAAAUGAUACUUACAAAUACAAAACAGAAGGACCUGCUGGGAAGGAACGGGAGGCAAUUCUGGAGGAAGAUGAUGAGCUCUGGGUGAAGAUUCGGCACAAGCAUAUUGCAGAUGUGAUAGAGGAAAUACCAAAACUUUUGAAAGAAGCUUCAUCAAAAAGAAAAGCAACAGAAGGAAAAUUAUCAAUAUCUGCUCUGACCCAGUUAAUGAAAAAGAUGCCGCACUAUCGUAAAGAGAUUAGUAGGCAAGUUGUUCAUCUUAACUUAGCAGAAGAUUGCAUGAGCAAGUUCAAAUCUAACAUAGAAAGGCUCUGUAAAACUGAACAGGACUUGGCUCUUGGAACUGAUGCAGAAGGUCAAAAAGUAAAAGACUCUAUGAGAGUCCUCCUUCCAGUUCUGCUCAACAAAAGUCAUGAGAGCUAUGACAAAAUUAGAGCUAUUCUCCUGUAUAUCUUUAGCACAAAUGGAACUACCCAGGAGAACUUGGACAAGCUGAUCCAGAACGUACAAAUAGAAAGUGAUAGUGAUAUGAUAAGAAAUUGGAAAUACCUUGAUGUUCCUGUUAUCUCUUCAUCUGCUCCUCAGCAGCAUAAACACCGAAGAAGGGACCGUUCUUCAGAAGAAACUUUUCAACUUUCUAGGUGGACGCCUAUUAUCAAAGAUGUUAUGGAGGAUGCUAUAGAAAACAAACUAGAUUCAAAAGACUGGCCUUAUUGUUCCCAGUGUCCUCCUACCUGGAAUGGUUCAGGAGCAGUAAGUGCGCGCCAGAAACCUAAAGCUAGUUAUCAAGAUGAGCGAAAAAGUAGUGCAAGACUGAUUAUAUUUGUGAUUGGAGGAAUUACGUAUUCUGAGAUGCGCAGUGCUUAUGAAGUUUCUCAAGCCUACAAGUCCUGUGAAGUUGUUAUUGGUUCUACUCAUAUUUUGACACCGAAAAGACUACUGGAUGAAGUGAAGAGCCUUAGUAAACCGAAGGAUGUGGUCUGCAUUAAGGAUGAAUAGAAAUGGUGAUGUUUAUGAUGCAUUAGUAAAAGACAAAUAGUAUGUACAUAUUCUGAUGGCAUUGACUUUUCUAAAUACUGUACCAGGACACUACAUGGUUCCGACUCAUGGAUUGUCAUUUUAUAAUUUAAAUUUGCUGCUUUUUGGGGGGAGUAGAAGGCAGAGAGAGUUAAAAAUCAACACGUGUGUUUCUUAGGUUGUAUUUAGUAUAGACAGUGUUACACUGUAAGUGCUUUUUCAAAAGGGCAUGUUCGUUCCUAACAAAUUAUGCUAAAAUUCAUUGUCGUCAUAAACUGGAAUUGUCUUUGAGAACUGUGAAACCUUUCUAUAAUAUAGUUUAUUUCUAAAAAUGACUGAAUUAAAAAGGGCCUAGGUUCUUAGGUAGACGCUUCAGAAGAAAAUUUGUAAAUAUGAGUUUAUGGUAAAAAUAUUUCACACAAGUGCAGUGUCUUAAACUUUAAUAUUUCCUGUAAAAUAACUCACUGAAAAUGCUUUAAAUAUAUAUAACUGUGAAAAAUCAAGAGGUUUUUUUAGAUGGUGGUGGGUAAGGUAAAAAGUUAAUCAUGGAAGUACUAAGCAGUUCUAAUUUCAAUAAAUAACUUUGGAGAUAUGCUGCAACUGUGCACUGAAGUACACUUUAAGUAUAUACAGGGAUUAUUACUAAAGCUUUUCAAAAAAACUUACAAACUUCCUUAUGAUUGUGUCUACAUAGUCCAUCUGUUUUAGAAGUUGAAUUGCCUGAUAUAGAAUUUCCGAAAUUUUAAGCAUAAAUUCUCUUUUUGAGGGACUGGGGGCAGGGGAAAAGGAGAGGAAAAGAAAGGAAGCAGUUGAAUCUUUCAGAUGGCUUGGUAAUUUAAAAAAGAAAAGCAAAAAGCAAACUGAACACCAAAACCUGAUGCAUUCAAGAGAAUUUACUGUUUUCUUCUACUUUCUACAUACUAAGCAAGAAAUACAUAAAUUUAUGUUGAAAGGGAUCAAAUAAAUUCUAAAUUGUAUUAAUUCUGUAA